AUGCCGCGGAAAGACUUCCUCAGAGACCUGGAGAGGGCCAGGGCCAGCCCGCCUGCCUCCUUUCCUGGUCUCCGCGAUAUCAAGCUUGGAGAUGACGAUGAAUCAAUAUGCUUCUCCUUUUCUAGCCCCUCGCAUUCGGACCCAACUCUGGAAUUCCAAGCUGUCAUAUCAGAUCUUUCAGAGUACCCGAAAUCUCACGAAUAUCUCAUUUUCUCCAUGUCAUCCACUGUGCCGCCCGCUGUCGUGGAUGUUCUCGACACCAUCCGACUGGCUGUCGCUGGAGCACCUGUCCACGACCUCUUCACUACCGUGAGCGAUGCAUUCGGUAGCGUUCUUUCCGCCGCCCAGGAAUUACUCCGAGGCGAAGAAGAUCAACACUCUGAUUAUGAAAGUCUCCCAGACGCGGGAUCCGACAGUGAAGCUGCCUGGGAGGACGAUGCCUUUGACGAGGACCAACAGUUCUUUGGACCUACACACCAGGAAAUGAAGCAAAUGAAGCAGUCGAAAUGUCUCAAGUCUGAUCUGCGCGCUGUCAAGGCGGCAGGGUUCAAAGUCGGCUACCUGGGAAGCUUGACUGGCCUGAUUUUUCUGUCGAUAUCUUGCCGGAUUGCCAAAUUGGGGUUGUCAGAUGAGGCUAUGCAGGCAUGGGGCGUGGACCCUUCUCAAUACUUGGUCUUGUUGAUGCGCUUUCCACAUGGAUAUGUCAGCAUUAGCUAUGUGCUGGAAAUAGAGGCCGCUAAACGGACACAUCUAGUCCAAAUGCACGUAGGACUCUGCGCUUCGUACAAACCAAGCAUGGAAGCGGCCGUGCAAGCAUUUAGCCACACUACCGAUAAUGCCCUUCGACAGGAGCCUCCUGUCUGUGAAUCUGACGACCGCCACCAGAAGUUACUCCCUCUUUUCAUUGAAACACCACUCGACGCGUUGCUUAAUGAACGAUUUCUCAAGAUCGUGGAAAUCAGGCAUAAACUAGCCCUUUCAUGGUCCGGAGCGGAACUCUUUUUCAACAACGUCCAGGGAAUGAUACAAACCGCCGUACCAACGGAGAGUGAUAUCUAUAUGGUACAGGACGGCUGGGGUGCUUCCGUGCCGGAAAUAGUCCAAGCAGAUCAAUUACGUGCCGCCUCCAGCGCCGACCAGGUGUCUCUCCCAUUAAUCACCAUGCAAUUCCUCCUGCGACACUUUGUGAAAUGCACAGAAUUCUGCCUUGUCUGCCACUGCAAAAUGGACAUGAAUUUCGAAGCUCUCAAGCCCUACGUUUGCUCAAAGCCCCUGUGUCUGUAUCAGUACAUGGCGCUUGGGAUUGGGCAUAGUGUCGAAUGGGAGAUUCUCCAGCAGCCCUUCGUGGUUGACUUGCUCAUAAGCUUCACUUACGCUAGUGCUGCUGCCAACACACUCGAGGACUUUCCUGAGGGACUUGGCGUCAUGGUUCCUAAAAUUGGGGAGGGCUCAUACAAAGGGAACUUGCACCCUUCCAAUUUACAAUUGCUCAUUUCCACCGAUAGCCAGCAUGAACAAUUCCUGCGACCUGGUAGCUGGAUACAAAUCAUGGACCCCGAAAACGACUGUACCGGCGACUGGCAUUGCCGAGUUCAGAACACUAGUAAUUGGCCUCUGGUCGACCUUUGCACCCCUAUCGUGGCCCAGGAUUCUCAGUCAGAGCCGGCAGCGAAACAUAACGCCGAGGGCCGUGUCGUCCAAUUUGUGGUAUAUGACGAUAACUUUGACCACCUAAAAGAGGACCAGGACAAGCGUCGGGCCAUAAAAAACAUUCUGGAUACAUUACCCGAUGUCAUGGCAAUGAAGAGCUUCCUAGAGUCCAUUCCAGCCAGCUCUAGAAGGCUUCUGGCGUCGUGGGAUAGGAUUACUCCCUCCGCGUUCGACGUACUCAGAUGGAUUGUCGCGUCCAAUCGGUCUUGUAUCAUGCAGGACAGUGAAAUAUCAGACAAGAAAGUUGCUCGGUCAAAAAAUUCCAACCUGAUCAGUGGGAUGGAUGGGUACUUGCAGUUCAGAUUUGCCCAAGGCGCCCCCGACAAGGAGGAAAAGUUUUUUCGCGCCAUCAUGACCAAUGUCCCGACAUCUCAAUACCCAACACUUUACGCGUGGCAUGGGAGCCCUAUUUUCAACUGGCACGGGAUCAUUAGAGAGGGCCUCAUGUAUAAGAAAGUUUCAAACGGUCGAGCUCACGGAGAUGGCGUUUAUAUGGCGCAAAAUUUCACCACGUCGUUGACCUACUCAUCACAAGGGCACGGGAGCCAGUGGCCGAACAGCUUGUUGCAUAUGACCACGGCGCUUUCACUGAAUGAAGUCCUCAACAUGCCAAAGAAAUUCCAAUACCAUGGCAGCGGCGUCUAUGUUGUCCAGAACCUUGAGUGGAUUCAGACGCGAUAUCUUUUUGUUAAUUGUCGGCCCCAAAACACGACAGGCGACUUCCCGUCUUCUGGGCCAUUGGAAUCAAAAGCACAAAAGGCUCCAAAGUCAUUGGGCUUUUGGCCACAACAGCAAGCGUCCAUGGCUCAUGGGCCCGCUGGUUUACCAAUAGAUAUCCCCAUGACGGCCCUGAACCAACGUCGUCGACAAGCUCUAGGUCUAGCUAUACCGGGGCAGGAAUCAAUUGAACAGCCGCAACCCGCGGUUGACACGAAAAAGAGGGGCAGAAAACGAAAAUCAGUAACGAAAGUAGCACCAAAGCCAGCCGAUUCUCGUGUUUACGAUGUCGAUGAGGGCCGCUACGUCGAAGAUGACUGGGAUAAUGCGAGUGUGGCGACGAUGGCUGAAGACCUGGCGGCGCUCUUUUCGGAUACAGAAGAUGGCGUAGCUGACACUGGAAAGAAGAAGAAGACAAUGCCAACGACGCCGGUGACAGACUUUGAGCCGGGGAAGUUGACUGAAUCGUCGCUGAAACUGCUUGACCCUCCGUCGUAUGCUACUACAACAGCGACCAAAUCCCUCCAGCAACACCUCCUCCAGACGCUAAAGGUGCAAGAGCGGAACGCGUCAGACGAACUUGGGUGGUAUAUUGACCCGCAGCUCAUCAACAAUCCUUACCAAUGGAUUGUCGAGCUGCACUCGUUUGACCUCACGCUUCCACUCGGUCAGGACUUACAAAAGGCCAGAAUACAAAGCAUUGUUCUCGAGAUGCGCUUCCCAAAGGACUUUCCAAUGUCCCCGCCCUUUGUCCGGGUUGUGCGGCCGCGACUGCUCGAGUUCAACCACGGUGGUGGUGGGCACGUUACUCAGGGAGGCGCGCUGUGCAUGGAGCUGCUGACGAAUUCGGGCUGGUUGCCGAGUUGCUCGAUCGAGGGCGUUCUUGUUUCCAUUCGCAUUGCCUUGUGCUCGACGGAGCCCAAGCCAGCGCGUCUACUAAGUGGCCAGACCGGCCAGAAUGUGAUGGAGUACAGUGUGCACGAUGCGGUGAACGCAUAUGUGCGGGCUUGUCACGCGCAUGGGUGGCAAGUGCCAAAGGAGUUUCAUAGUAUGGCUUGGUAA